AAAAGUUUAAUCUUGCUGGAUCUCUAUAUUAUAUAUUGUGGUGGUGACUGGUCAGCUAUGUGUAUAAGCGGCCUGAAUAUAAGCGUUGAGGGAGAACGUGUUGCUGAUGUGCAGUUGAAGCCGGCGGAAGCGGAAGAAGUAAAUAAUUGGUUGGAGAUGAGGUUGAAUGAGAAGACGCUAACGGUGUGCAUGGGGGAGAUUAUUCUUGAAUCCAAAGACACUCCACAACAUUUUACAUCAAUUUCUCUGCCUCCUUCUCGUUCCAACAUUCAAAACCCCACCAUGUGCCGAUCAUCUAUCGAGACUGGACUGUCGAGUUGUUUAUCAAAACCGGACCUCCAUAUGUUUGCAAAUCUUCUUCUCACCCCAUAUAUUUAUAUUUGUGAUACUCAAAGUCCAUCCACGACCACUGAGGAGCAGCAGCAGCAGCCCCAGCCAGCAUGCUUCAUUGAUUUUGUAGCCCACAAAGUGGCAUCUACUGCGCAGGUAUUAAUUAUUAAUUCAGAGUCGGUGCAUGAUGAUGGUGAUGGUGAUGAUGAAAUGGGAUUUUUUGGAUUUCACUUUGUGGCUCGUGUGGAGGUUGUAUGGGCUAUCCCUAUUCCCCCUGAUGUAGGACUUGUUUUGAAGCGGAAACUUAAGAAACCUGCUGUAAUUGACAAACUGACCAAGCAGGCCUUGUUUCAAGUUUCUUCUUCUUCGGAUUCGGAGUUGGUUGAGGGCGAUUGCAGAAUUUGCCUGCAAAAGUAUUUAUCAUCGCAUGCCGCUGGCAAUAUGAAUGAUUACUUGAUCCGUCUACCUAAUUGCACCCAUGUUUUCCACCAAAAAUGCAUCCUUGCAUGGUUGAAGAAAUCUGACUUCUGUCCUCUUUGUAGAGAUUUAUGCUUGAAAAAUCUAUAUGAUGAUGAUCUCUCUGGUAAUUAAUUAGGACAAAUAAGAUUAGUUCUGCUUUAUUUUUUAGUUUUCAAUUAAUUUACUUUUCAAUUCAAGUAAUUGACUAAUCUAUUGUUAUUUUCGUCAUCACAAUUACUUUGCUUGACUUUUUAUUUGUUUUAAUUUUUUUUUUUAAUUAGGAAUUAUUGCAGAUCUCUUA